AUGCGCUUGGUUAUGACUCUAUUAACGAUGAUUUCAAGGAUGUCGGGGUUGUUCCCCCUAUACUUGAUGUCCUUAGCAUGCCACCCUGUUACUAUGAUGGCCCUAGCACUGUUCAUGUGUUUAGUUCUAACUUCUAAACUAAGCUCGUGGAAGAGCAUUGGAGACUUUGAUUACCGUUGUGGUCUUUAUUAUGGGACGUCGAGGAGUGUUCUGAAUGGGUCACCGCAUUGGGUUGCGCAUGGCAUCACCGAUAUCGAUGGAUAUUAUUUCCGAAUUGUUUGCUUUGAUGUUGUGGACGAGAAAUUCAAGGACGUGCCCACGCCUAUGUAUGAAGUUGGGUGUAAUUUCUUUACGGUAGGAGUUUUGGAUGGAUGCCUUUGUGCGAUUGACCGCCGUGGUCCCGAGAGUCAUUUCGAUGUUUGGGUGAUGAAGGAAUACGGCGUGAAAGAAUCUUGGACCAAGUUGUUUGUUGUACCAAAUGUGCCGCCAAAUAUGCCAGGAGUGUUGUUUUUCGAAUACUGUGAGCUACUGUGUUUCACAAAGGAUGGCGAGGUUGUACUGAGGUUGAAGGUAGAGGCAUCGGUGCCGUCCAAAGAGAAGAAGUUGGAGGAGUCUUUGAAGCUAGUGAUCUACAAUCCAAAACAAAAAAACAAGAGGUUUGGGAUGCCUCAGGAUUGGAAGGGGUUUGAUGUUGCUUUAUAUGCGGAGAGUCUUGUUUCACCUCCUUACUGCAACAGCACUAGAAGUUGCACUGCUAAUUGUUGGGAUACACCCAAGUGGUGUGGGUGUGUGUUGUAG